AUGAUUCCGGAUGAUUUAUAUGAAAAUCUCGAGAAGCUCUUUCCGAAAUGCUUUAUCGAUAUCCAGCUAGGAGGAUUAUUCGCAAAUCGCCGCCAUAAACAUGUUGUCAUCGAUGUCGAUUGCUGCCUCAGCCGCUUGUAUGGCUCGAAAUUCGUGGACUGGUCAUGUGGUGGGCAAUGGAACGAGAUGGUUGUACAUUUGUCGCUGAUUAGAGCCGUCGCCAAUCAGAAAAAUAUCGAAUUCGUCUUCUUUUUUGACGGAACUGCUGAUAUUUCGCGCUACUACGAUUGGAAUGCAGUAAACAAGCGAGUAAAUGACAACGUAAGCCGGAUCUGGAACCACAUUCAACGGAAGGGAACUCCGCCCCCCAGAGCUUGGUUUAUCCAUCCUCCUACUCUGCAACAGUCCUUGAAAGGGGCUCUGAGGCUUUACGGCUUCCAAACUUAUACCUCAAGUGUUAACCAUCGCAAUGAAAUGCUCGAAUAUCUAUUAACCCAUCCGCAUUCUGCUUUUGUGACCAGCGACAAAUAUUACAUAUUCAAUCCGAAAUUACCUAACUCAAUCAAAUUGCUAUCAGCAUCCAACUUUCGCCUCGACUGCGAAUCAACGAGCAUCAGGUGCUCUAGAAUCGACCUGGCUGAACUGAGCACCCAACUUCAACUUUCGUCAGCGCAGAAAUAUGCGCUUCUGGCGCUCUCUGGCAACCAUAUUCUCCCGAGGCAUGAAAUCAUGACCAUCGUUGAUCCAGAAUAUCUACAGAAGCACCAAGACUGGACGGCCUCCCAGAUGUACAUAAGCGGCCUGUUGAAUUUUGUAAAGAAGCACGACGAAACGAACGUCUGUAAUUCCAUAAUUGCCAAAAUAGCCGAGUUCUGGACUCACUCCGACCACAAAUCCAAAUCGGAGAAAUUCCGAUCUGCCUUCGACUUCUUCAGCUGCGCCAAUCUCCAAGUGACGAAGCCAGCGAGCAAGAAGGACGCCCACAAAGCCGGAGCAGCCCCAAAGGUCGAAGUGAAAAGCGAAAAAGCGGAGAAAAUCCGCCUCGUUUCCGACAUUUUCCAAACGAAGCCCGAGUGGAGCGCGAAACUACCUCCGCCAAAGAAAAACAUUCUCAAAAUUGCUCAAGAGCUUCAUACUUCUGGACAGCUCCACCCCUGGAUCUAUCCUUUACUGUCAAAUGGAGAGGUCUUCUUUACCGGCGCACUGGAGGAUCUCGUCCACAGGAAAUAUCUAGUGCGCUCGCUAGAAGUAACAAAGCCUCUACGACAGAUUCUUUACGGAAUCCUCUUCUCGAUAUCUUCUUCAAUACAGAAGGAAUACAGAAAGAAGAGAAAGAUGGACCCCAUUCUCAUUCGGGAGUGGCAUCCAAACAAUCGAGUACCGAAACUGGUGCGAGCCCUUCCGAUCGAAACAUGGAAAACGCCGGAUUUAAAAGUGUUGUGGCUUUCGCGGCGGCCGACAGACUACAAUCGCCGAGUCCGAGCGCUCAUUUCCACAUUUCUCAGCGAUACUCCCUUUUUCGCCGAGCUCCAGCCAAACCUAGUAAUUCCAUUGAUCGUUUUACGAUACUUGAAUCAGCAGCCAGGAAGUCUUUUACGACUGAUGGACAUUAAUGUCUUCCUGUCUGUUAUCUUGUCGCCAAAUCUACGUAAUGUUGCGAUGACAUCAAAGCUAGACCCCGCUUUGACGGAUCGAGGCGUCGCCCUGAGUUCCAUGUUUAUCCGAUGCUGCGAACACGCAUCGUUCGCCAACGACAUCUGCGGCCAACCACUGCCUCCCGAGUACACUUAUCCUUGGAACUUCUUCGACGGGAAGCUCUUUCAGUACAAACUAGCGCUCGCCAGAAGCAGCGACACGAGCUCGCUCCUGAACCUGUGCUACGAAGACCACCGCAUCAUCCCUUUUUUGGAGACGCUGAGGGCGGCGAUUUUGGAACACACGCCUUCCACGCUAAUUUCCAUAUCAAAGUGA